CAAAUUUGACAAACAGCGACAUCUAGCAACGACAACCAUUUCUCCACAAUGGUUGUUAAGAUCAGAUUAGCACGAUUCGGGCGUCGCAAGGCACCCUUCUACAAUAUUGUUGUUGCACAGGCACGGACUGCACGAAACAGCAAGCCUAUUGAAGUAUUGGGGACCUACGAUCCAAUACCAAAGGCACCAACUGAUGGAGAGGGAAAGCCAUUUAAGGACGUCAAAUUAGAUUCUGCGCGAGCAAAAUACUGGCUGGGAGUUGGUGCACAACCAAGUGACCCUGCCUGGAGAUUAUUAUCAAUGGCCGGUUUGCUCGAGCCUAAAUACAGACCUACAACGUCGAAGUAGAGGAUGAGAGAAGAGCUUGUAGGAGAUAAUUGUACGAUUCAGCGACAUGUAUAGCAUAUGGAGGCGUUCCGACAUGGUACAUAGGCCAUGAAUGUAUCAGGAAGGCGUCGAAGUCACGAAGUCUUUGAUCGCAUGAUUUGCAACUCCUACAACAAAGUAGUGACUAAUGGCAACACUUAUGGUUUUUGUCCAGGGGAUGGACAGAAAAGAUAGAAGUACCAAUUCAUGAGAAGAUUCUUAC